UCAAAAUUCAUCCCAGAACCCAAAACCCUACUCCCUCCCGCACUUUCAUUUCCUCAAGAGAGGAUGAAGAAGCUGAUGCUGCGAGAUGCUGCCAUUCCUCCUGGCUUUUCUGGCAAAUCCAAUCUUCCUUUCUUUAAUUUCAGCACUUCUAUCAACAGGUGCUAUGCUGCUUUCAACUUUGUUGCUGACGACUCCUCUGAGAAGAGAAUACCUCACGGAGUACCAUUGGAGAAGUUCCCCACUGAAACAGCUUUAAGACACUAUUCACUGUCACUUUCAAGCCAGGAAGUUCCAGUAGUUCAAAAUCAUUCUGCUGAGGAUGAAGAUGACUUUACUGAAUUGGGCUUGCCAGUGCCUGAAGAUGGAGAUGCAGGCUCCAAUUUGGUGACCAAAAUGCAUAAAGCGUCUCUGAAAGUAGAAACUUCCAGACAGCCUGUGGAUACUGAUCUUCAAUGGGUCAGACAACUCUUAUCCAAGAUGAAUUUCCCUCAAAGAGAGAACCCCAGCAUGAAAGUCUCCCCAAAAGAGGACUACCACCCCCUGGGUUCUUUCUUCAAAUCGGAGGACCGUGAUGGUGUUUCAAUCGUGAAGAAUGAACCCAAAUUACAGAAGUGGUUCUCUGAGAAAGGCCCUAAUUACAAAACCCCGAGCUUCAUUACUAUUGAAGAGAUACCCUCAAGCAUCACCCUCUCUGAGUUGAAAGAGGCAGUCUCAUUUUAUGGGGAGAUCUCUAGUGCUUCCAUGAGAAUAGCCCAGAACGGAUCUAAUAGCUGUGACAUUGAAUUUGAGAAUCUGGAUUCGAUGGAGAGAGCUCUUGUAGGUAGACAUGUUACUGUGAGGAACUGCCACCUACCAAUUCGUAGUCGUUCUGCUCCAAAGGUUGUUACUGUUAGAAUUAGCAACAUUAGCGUGGAGACUGCCGAACCCACCAUUCACUCAGUAUGCAAGGGAUGCGGAUCGGUGGAGGGUCUCUUAAGGACAAAGGAGGGUGCCAUAGAGGUCUUAUUCAGCGUCAAGGAUUCCUCAGUUGCACAAACCAUACUGAAUAAAUUGAAUGAUGUGUCGAUCAAUGGCUGUCGGUGGUCAGCUCAAUUACUAUCAAAAACCACUCCAAACUCAAUAACUAAUGUGGCCGAUGCACAACAUGGGGUUGGGUCCCAAAUUAUUAACCUCAUUGGAGGCUUUAGAAAGCAAUUAGAAAUGAAGAGGAUCUACCUUGAGGACUUUGAGAAGCUGCAUCAAGCUGUGGUGCACAUUAGAGAAUGUCCUACUGAUGGCCAUCUAUAGAUCAAAAAUUGUCUCUAUGUCAGGCUUAUUGUGUAUUCAGGUAUUGAAUCAGCUGUUGUGAGUGGUCUUGGUCAGAACUCCGGCUUUGAUGAGUUUGAUUCCCAAAGGUGCAUGCAUGAUCCAAGCUUGUCGCAACUCUGUGAGAUCCGUGGAGCAAUGCUUGAUUUGUCCAGCAAGAGGCCUGGAACUCUACAUACUGAAUGCUAAACCACUGUCAAGCUAAGUGGCCAUGGACCAGAUUGUGCUGUGUCUGGGCCAUGGAUCUUGCUCCUUUCCAUCAUGGCCAUUUUUAUGUAAUCAACACCUUUGAGCUUCGCUGCUUCUGUUUGUAGUAAGCAUUGGCAAUGACUGCACGAAGCUCCGAAUCAUCCACCAUCUUUGCACCAAUCUACAGGAUCGUGUCACAGUACUGCCUUUUUCACAGCAAUCUGCACCAUUCAGUCAGGUCUACUUCGGACCCAUUAUUGCUUCCAAAAAAGGAAAUGGUGAAAAUUAAAGAUUUUUCCUAGUAUUUAUAAUGAGGAAGUAGCCUUUAAAUUGCAAUUGCUUUUCUCUCAGGUCUAACUUGUAACAAAUGUUAAUGUGAUUUGGAUCCCAAACCCUCAAAUGUGAUUGCAAUUCAAUUUGAUUA